AUGGCGCAGAAGGCGAUUGAAGUGGUUGUGGUGUCCGCAAGGCGCACGCCUGUGGGCAAAUUUGGCGGCUCUCUGGCCGCGGCGCCCGCGCAUGUGUUGGGUGCCAAGGUUAUCGGAACCUUGCUUGGUGACACAGCCGGCAAAGUGAGGAAUGAUAUGGUUGACGAGGUCAUCAUCGGACAGGUGCUCACCGCCGGCUGUGGCCAAAAUCCAGCACGGCAGGCAGUCAUAAGCGCUGGACUGCCGGAGACUUGUCCGGCCUUGACAAUCAACAAGGUUUGUGGGAGCGGGCUGAAGGCUCUGCACCUCGGGAUGCAGGCGAUUGCAUCAGGUGAUGCUCAAAUCGUGAUUGCUGGUGGCCAGGAGAGCAUGUCAUCCAGUCCGCACGUGCUGAACAAAAGCAGGGACGGACAAAGAAUGGGUGAUUGGAAGAUGAUUGAUUCCAUGAUCGUCGACGGGUUGUGGUGUGCGUUUAACCAGUACCACAUGGGCAUCACCGCCGAGAACGUGGCAGCCAAAUUUGGCAUUGACCGAUCAACGCAGGAUGCUUUUGCGGCAGCAUCUCAGAAGAAGGCAGCAGAGGCUCAGCAGGCGGGAAAGUUCAAGGACCAGAUUGUGCCCAUUCCAACUUCCAAGAAAGGUCAGGUCUUGGACCAGGACGAAUACAUCAAGGCAGACUCCACUGCAGAGCAGCUCGCAAAGCUGAAGCCUGCCUUCAAGAAGGACGGCUCGGUCACAGCAGGCAAUGCAUCUGGCCUCAACGACGGGGCGGCGUUGUGCUUGCUAAUGUCUUCGUCCAAGGCACAUGAACUGGGCCUCGAGCCCUUGGUCUGCAUCCGCGGCUUUGCGAGCGCGGGUGUGGAUCCGAAGAUAAUGGGU